GCCGUCUGGGACCGCUUUCUCCCCGCCGAUCUGCAGUCCGUCCUCGCCCGCGCCGAUCGCCCCGUCGACUGCUGCUCCAAGAGGGAUCUCUUCUUCCGCCUCUGCGACGAGCCGGUGCUCGUGGACGGCGGCAAGAUGUCACGCACAGUGCUUGCCACCCAAUCCGAUUCGGCGUUGCUCUGCUCUCCGGUAGCAUGCCGCCGUGAGUCGCCGUCGGAAAAGAGGCCGCGAGCGGAGUGCUUUUCCGCCGCCAUCCGACCCUGCGCCACUUUGCUCGCUGGCAACUAGCAGCCGCCGGAGAAGAGGCCGCGAGCGGCUGUCCAGUACACCGUUCCGGCCGUUCCAGCUUUUCCGGUUCGUUUUUUUACCGUUAUAUCGUCUGAGAACGGCGUUCCAGAGUAAGUCACAUUAUUUGCCCGAACUUUGGAACGGCGUGAGGCGUUCCCGUGCCGGAACGCCCGUUCCGGCCGUUCCACGUCCGUUCCGGCCGUUCCACGUCCGUUCCGACGAACCCCGAAGCAUCAUGAAUGCGGUUCGCUUCCCGAUAGCUAAUUUCUUUGAUAUUUUUUUUUCCAGACUUUCUCACUGGAUAGAUCGAGCGGAGCAAAAUGUUACAUGCUUUCAGCCAGAGCGUUGUCGAUUCAGCGGGGAGAUACAGAGCACUGCUGGCGCUGGGUUUCACAAACUGAUUCCAGGUUCUUAGAGGUUGCUGAACUAAUCAAUGUGUGCUGGUUGGAGGUCCAAGGAAAGAUCCAUAGUAAAACCCUUUCUUCAAAAACAACAUAUGCCGCCUAUCUUAUCUUCAAACUCUCCGAUCACUCUUACGGUCUGGGUCAUCCGCUUCAGGAGGCAUCGGUGAAGAUCGGAACACAGUCGUCUACUACUGCAAUUUGCUUGCAGCUCAGUGACAUGUAUGCUCAUUUGCGCGCUCGGAGACAUAGGGUGGCUCAGUUCGGGCAGGGUUUAUGUUCGCGGCAACGACUAUUGACCGUCGAAGAAACUCAAGAGGCAGAAGAGGAAGUCGAGGGAAUCGGUGGGCGUGCUCCACGGCCGAGGGAUGAUGGAUGGAUGGAAAUCGAAUUAGGGGAGUUCUAUAACUAUAGGGAAGAGGGUGAGGAUGGGGAGGUGCACAUUCAUUUGUUAGAAGUGAAAGGAGGGCAUUGGAAGAAUGGUCUAAUAAUCGAAGGGAUUCAAAUAAGGCCUAAGAGGUCUACUACUAGGACCAAAGGUUCGUCGAACUUAACCGUUUACGAUCGAUCAAGCUCUACUACUAGGCCGACGCCGGUUGCAUUUCUACACUGAUAAUAAAUUUUUAUGCAUUGUAAAUAUUACUUAUUCAAAAUUAUAUAUUGAAAAUAUAAUUUU